CCUUUUUUGAGAUACUAAAAAAUGCAAGUAUUUGUAAAAACGCUUACCGGCAAAACCAUCACUCUGGAAGUAGAGCCUAACGACACGAUCGAAAACGUGAAACGAAAAAUUCAAGAUAA